AUGCGAGAAGCUGUGGAUCGAUACGCAGCCGGACGAGAUAUUGCCGUCCAAAAUACGAUUAUAGAGAGAGAGCGAAGACGUCGCCUCGUCUCUGACACGAACACAGCAACAACUUGUGACUUUCCAGUCUGGUAUACAUACACGAGCACGAGCGAGAACUCCCCCCUCGUCGCGACAUCAUUUCGCGCGACUUCGCUGAAGUCUCGGCUGACGCGGGCGACGCGACGACGUGAGGCGAUCGCCGAGCCGAAGAAUCCGCUGAAACGCUACGAAUACGCUUGUAAUUAA